AUUCCUCUUUCUAGCCGGCGCCUGAGAAUGGGUAUCUCAAGGGACAACUGGCAUAAACGCCGCAAGACCGGCGGUAAACGCAAGCCCUACCACAAGAAGAGGAAGUAUGAGCUCGGACGUCCUCCCGCAAACACAAAGAUCGGGCCACGUCGUAUCCACACGGUGAGGGUCCGUGGUGGUAACAAGAAGUACCGUGCUCUGAGGCUGGAUGUUGGAAACUUCUCAUGGGGCUCUGAGUGCUGCACACGCAAGACCAGGAUCAUCGAUGUGGUCUACAACGCCUCCAACAACGAGCUGGUCAGGACCAAGACCCUGGUGAAGAACUGCAUCGUCCUCAUCGACAGCCUUCCCUUCAGGCAGUGGUAUGAGGCCCACUACGCCACUCCUCUGGGUCGCAAGAAGGGAGCCAAACUGACCCCUGAGGAGGAAGAGGUCCUGAACAAGAAGAGGUCAAAAAAGACCCAGAAGAAGUACGACGAUCGUAAAAAGACAGCCAAGAUCAGCUCUCUCCUGGAGGAGCAGUUUCAGCAGGGAAAGCUGCUCGGUUGCAUCGCCUCCAGACCCGGCCAGUGCGGCAGGGCAGAUGGCUACAUCCUGGAGGGGAAGGAGCUGGAGUUUUACCUGAGGAAGAUCAAGGCCAAGAAAGGCAAAUAGAUGUACAGCUAUUUGAUACGUCAAUAAAAUCCAACUGUCCCAAAACCAUCUGCUGUCACUCAUUUAUUGAUCAGAUAGGAAGUUAAUGUCCCAGAGGAGCCUCUAACGGAGUGAAAAACAUAACCAUUUUAACUUUUGUACUGGGAAUGAAGCAAACGGUGUCGCCUUAAGAAAGGGGUGACUGAGACUGAAUCCAAGUAAUGAAAGUUUAAUGUUUUUGACUCGGUAUCGGCACCCUUUGGUAUUUAAAGAAGACUGACUGGAGUGUUUUCUGCUGAGUGCAGUUUUAAUUUGUACAAGAUGUUCCGAAGUUCAGAAAAAUGUCCAGGACAUGUGAUGCCACUGUUGAUGUAGAAACAUAAUGUAAGUGAAUUUUCCAAACUUUUGGGCCUUCUUUAAAGUUGAGUCGGUCACUGAAGGUAAAACGUGUCCUCUGCUGGCAGCCUCGCUGCUCUACAGUCUGAAUGAGUGUCCUCUGGGUGCCCUGGGCAAUGUUGUACACACUUCAGCACCCCUCUGUAACAGAUGGGUAUACAUCAGAUAGCUGGAUAUAUUUAAUUAGAUUCAUGGCUUGUUCAGGAAAAUAUCAUUUUACUUCCUGGAGUUGAUUUAGUCUUUGACUAAUCUUUGGUUGUUUGUGCCAUUUUGUGAGACUUAUCACUGAACCCAUGACUAGAUGAGAGGUCUUACAGUUUUUAAAUAAAUCCUAUAUGUGUGUUUGUAUCUUUGUCUCUUUAAGUCUUAAAGUAUCUUUUCUGUAAUUUAGGCUUCUAGCAGUUAUAUUGUGUUCCAGGUUUGGCUGU